AUGAAGAAUAAAACCGAUAUAAUACAGCUUUUUAAUGAUGCUCAAUAUAAUGAGACAUAUUUAAAAAUAUGUGCUCCAAUGGUGAGAUACAGCAAGGUGCAAUUCAGAAACUUGGUUAAGAAAUACAAAGUAGAUAUGGCAUUUACUCCCAUGAUAUUAGCUAAUUCAUUUUGCCAGAAUUCAAAGGCUCGGACAAAUGAAUUUUUGACAACAAAAGAUGAUACUCCAUUGAUUGUGCAGUUUGCAGCUAAUAACAUAAAUGAUUUCUUGGACGCUUCUAAGUUAGUAUAUCCAUAUGCGGAUGGAGUGGAUUUAAACUGUGGUUGUCCUCAAAGAUGGGCCAUGAAAGAUGGCUAUGGUUCUGCAUUGCUUUCUAAGCCAGAAAUCAUUCAUGAUUUAGUAAGGUCAGUGAAAAACAAUCUGCCUAAAGACUUCACUGUGUCUGUAAAAGUAAGAAUUCUAAGUGAACUUAAAACAACAUUGACAAUGUGUCAGCAACUUGAGAAGUGUGGAGUUGACUUUCUUACUGUUCAUGGGCGUACCCCUGUGCAGAAAAGUGGUGAACCUAUAAACAUGGAAUUUAUGGAAAAUGUAUUUAGUAUCUUAAAAGUACCCUGUAUAGCAAAUGGAGGUGUAAAAACAUUAGAAGAUGCAAAAAAAAUGUAUGACAGUCUAAACUGUCAAGGUGUUAUGGCUGCGAGUGGGUUGCUUACUAAUCCAGCCUUAUUUAGUGGAAUAAAAACUACACCCGUAGAUUGUGUAGGGACUUGGAUGAAACUGAAAAAUUACAGUGGAAAUAAGAUUACGUUUCAAUGUUAUCAUCACCAUUUAGUGUUUAUGCUUGAAAAGGUACUGACUAAGCAACAGAAACAAAUAUUUAAUUAUCUCCAGACUUUUGAAGAAGUUGACGAGUUCUUAGUCAAACAUAUUAUAAAUGAUGAAUCUAUUUCAACGAAUGUCAGUCAUAUAAGUGAAUUCAUCGCCUGUGAUUUUGAUAACAGCAUUACAGAUAAGCAUAAUAAAAAAUGUAGGGGUUGUGGAAUUAGCACAUAUUAUUGUACCUGCGAGAAAUAUAGUUACGAAAAUAAUGAGGGUAGUUUUUUUAGUUCUUAUGUAAAGACUAGUGAUGAUUUGGAUUAUAUGGAUAGUAGUAUAUUUGAUGAAAAAACAUUAUAA